CUCCCUCACUACGUAUUUCUAAACACAAAUAUAGUCUGUUUAUCUGGAGAUAUAGACCGCACCAGACAGAAAGUUGUCUAACGAGGAUAUGGUAUUUGUGCCAGUUUACCUGCUGGGAUAAAAAGCUAAUAUUUUUCGGAAUCAUUGUCUAGAAAUCUUUGUCCACUUCCACUUCUUCUGACAGGUGAUGGACACACCAAUGAUGGAUCUACAGAAAGGGACAAAAGAUGAGUCUAGAGAGGCUUUUCCCUCUGAAGAGGAGUACACGGAGAAGGCACAUUCCACGGAGAGCAGCAUAGUAGCAGCACUGACCCUCUCUGAGAGAAAGAUGUUUAGUGCUGGAUAUGUAUUGCAAGCAGGCAUCACCGAGGUGGUACGCCCCAUGGAGACGUGUGUGGAACAUCCCUUUGUCCAGGUGGAGGUGAGCAUGGACAGUGUGGGAGUGUCCUUUGAGGAGUGCAUCAAAGAGGUUGGUCGCCUAGAAAGUCAGAGGGAAGACUUGGUAAGGGAGCUGUUCAAGCUGGAGCAGCCCAUGCUGCAGGCUACAGAGGCUCUGAGGGCACAGCUUCUGGAAGCACGUAGAGUCUUAACCACCAUCCAGCUGGAAUAUAUUAAUCUGCAGAUAGAGGUGGGACUGGUGAGGAGUAAGCUGUUUGUCACAACCAGGGACUGUAUCCAGAGCCAGCUGGCACUGGCUGCACAACAGUAUGAUGUGGCCCAGUCUGCAGUAACACAGGAGGAGCUCCAGGCCCAUGUCCAGAGUCUUACAGAGGAGGUAGGCCAGCUUCGGCAGGCUCAGAAAAAACGACUGAAAAGCCUAAAAGACCAGGCCAGACAACCACCCCGCCUCCACGCCAAGAGUGACGUCACUGUCUGUCGACGAGCAUCCCUGGACCUGCAGCGACGCCUCAGUGGCAGCAUGAGAAGUCUAGAAGGCUGGUACGAGCCGCGCCUCCUAGCCCUGCUCCGGAGAAAGCAGGCUGGGGAGGACUCCCUGAGAAAGAGCAGCGAUGUAGGCCAGGAACUGAAGGCCAUACUGGGGCCCCUGGAGGAGCAGAUCCAGAGGCUGCGGGUGCAGAGAGCUUGCCUGGAGAAGAGGAUUGCUCUGAUGGACGGGGAGAGGGAGGAGAGCAGGGCACAUUAUAAGGAGUUGGCGGACUCCCUUGAGGAGACCAUGAGCGAUCUGAAACUGGAAAUUAGCAUUCAGAAAAAGGCAAACAGUCAACUGGAAGAAUGGAAUGAGGGGCUUUUAAGAGAGCUGAACUUUCAUAGGGUCUAUAUUGAAGGGAUUGAAACAACAGCAGAAGAAGAGUAAUAAAAUGUUCCUAUUUGGAAAAUGGACAGUUGACAGAAAUGCCUAUAACAUCCGAAAUGUCUCAACAUC